CAAAAAGUUCCAUCUCAUCAUCACGAACUUCCGCGGCAUCAUCAGGAGAAACUUCCAUCUUCCACAAAUCUCACCGACCACUCUAUCAAACAUCAACCCUUUCCGACCCCAACGUACUUGGCAGAACAUACGCAGUUAACACAAGUGUUGCACGCCUGAUUUCCCUUACUGCAUCACCGACCUCUCCCGUCGCCACUCGCGCGCAUCUUUGCGAUGCCUGGCCGCACUCUCCCGACCCUGCCAUCGGCAGAGGUCGCCUCGCACAACACCGCCAAAUCGUGCUACGUGACCAUCGGCACCAAAGUAUACGACAUCACGCCCUUCCUCGAAGACCACCCCGGCGGCGGAGACCUCAUCCUCGAAUACGCUGGCAAAGAUGUCAAGGAGGCAAUGGAAGACGCGGUAUCUCACGCACAUUCCGAAGCUGCCUUCGAAGUAUUGGACGAUCACUUGAUUGGGUUUGUCGCGACGGACAAGGUACUGGAGAGUGUGAAGCAGAGCUCGGAUCCUUUCGAGGUACUGCCUCUGGAGCCCAGCGCGCAGGGAAUGAAGGAGCUGGACUCGCAAGCACUGGCAGAUAUAACAGCGCGAUGGAAUGUCAAUGCUGCGGGCUCUGAGGCGGAACAGUCGGACAAGAAGGUCUACGAGAAUACAGGCAUGAGCUCAGAGGAGGAUUUGAGCCGCGAGACCGACGCCUCCCAGGAUUUCAAGAAACACAAGUUCUUGGAUCUCAACAGACCGCUGUUGAUGCAGGUCUGGAACGGUGGAUUCAGCAAAGAGUUCUACCUUGAACAAGUACACCGCCCACGCCAUUACAAGGGCGGCGAGAGCGCGCCUCUGUUCGGCAACUUCUUGGAGCCGCUCUCAAAGACGCCCUGGUGGAUUGUCCCGACUCUCUGGCUCCCGUGUGUCGCAUAUGGCACCUUCCUCGCCUCUCAACACUUCACGCCGCCCCUUCUCUUCGCAUACUGGAUGACUGGACUCGGCAUCUGGACCUUGGUGGAAUACGGCCUUCAUCGUUGUCUCUUCCACGUCGACCACUACCUUCCCGACAAUCGCGUCUUCCUGACGCUGCAUUUCCUACUGCACGGCAUCCACCAUUACCUCCCUAUGGACAGGCUCCGACUCGUAAUGCCGCCCACGCUCUUCAUUGCCCUCGCCACCCCGUGGUGGAAGCUAGCGCACGCCGUCUUCUUCUAUGAUUGGUACGCGGCGACCGCCGUCUACUGCGGCGGCAUCUUCGGAUACAUUUGCUACGAUCUGACCCACUACUUCCUGCAUCACAAGAACCUUCCUCUCCACUGGCGCGAGCUGAAGAAAUACCACUUGCAGCAUCAUUUCAUGGACUACGAGAAUGGCUUUGGUGUCACCAGCAGGUUCUGGGAUAGAAUAUUCGGGACGGAGCUUCCUCCUCCUCCCAUGCCAAAGGUUCUAAAGACGACAUAGAGGAGCGUUGAACAUAAUGUAUAGAGGUGGCAUUGACAUUCGAGCGUGCAUCGGGGUUGGGAUCGGGGAUAGAUCAGAUACCACUACUCGCGUAAUUCAGUACACGGACAGUUCACAUACUAUGAUGUGCGG